UGCUCCGCGUAGCAUUGGCAUUGCACAGGACGAGACCGAGGGGCGGAGAGGAGAAGAGAAACGGGACGCCCUCCUUUCUCUAGCUCCCUCUCUCUCUUUUCCCGGUGCUCUAUCCGGGAAUAACGCCGUGUCCAAAAAGUUUAAACGGGGCAAACGCGGACUGUAGUUCGUCCAGGAAUACGCAACGCAUACGUUUACGAAUUUUGGGAGAAACUCUCGUUUUUCCCAGCUUCUUAUUUAUGAGUUUUUCCUUUUAGAAGAUUUUGUUGAAAGUGAAAGGCAGCAUGGAAGAUUUAGACCACCUGCUGGCGGAUCUGGAGAGCUGCACGUCUCCCCUGGCCAGAUGCCCCGUCCUGCUGACCUCCGACCCUCCCGUGACCUCUGAACCCACGUCAGCAGGCCUGCAGGACCCCACACAGGCGAGACCCCCACCCCCCGCUUACACACCCCAGCAAACUGUUUCUUCAGCAAUGAAGUCCAAUGGAUCUCAGAGUGCCAACCCCGACAAACUGUACAGUACGGUGUGUAAGCCGCGCUCCCCGCGCUCCGAGCCGGCUCCUGCUCCGGCCUUCUCCUCCUCGUCCGUUGCUGGGGGGAGACUCAGCGAGCUCGACCACCUCCUGCAGGAGCUCAACGCCACCCAGUUCAACAUCACAGAUGAGAUUCUGGCUCAGUUUCCCAGCAGCAAGAAGGACGAGCGGGACAAAAUGAAGUCUCCUCUCUCCUCUCCUCUCUGCAGGUCGGCGAAGCCCUCCGCCACGUCUGCCACUCUGGAGCUGGACAAGCUCAUGGCCUCCCUCUCCGACUUCAAAGUCCAGAGCACGCCUGCUGCCCCUGCUCCAGUCACUCCCGUAGUAACGUCCACACAGCAACCUGCCCCCGCCCCUCAGACCUCCUCUGGCGGCUCAUUGGACAGCAUGCUGGGGCUCCUCCAAUCGGAUUUGAGCAGACAGGGUGUCCCCACCUCCUCGAAGGGAAACUGCUCCGCCUGCCAGAAGCCCGUCGUUGGCCAGGUGGUGACGGCCUUGGGCCGAGUGUGGCACCCGGAGCAUUUCGUGUGCUCGGAGUGCGAGUGUGAGCUGGGAAACAAGAACUUCUUCGAGAAGGACGGCCGGCCGUACUGUGAGCCCGACUACUUCACCCUCUACUCACCCCACUGCGCCCACUGCCACAAGCCUAUUCUCAACAAAAUGGUCACUGCCAUGGACAAGAACUGGCAUCCGGAAUGCUUCUGUUGUGUCAAGUGUAGUCGGUCAUUUGGAGAUGAAGGUUUCCAUGACCGCGAGGGGCAGCAGUACUGCCAGCAGUGCUUUUUGUCCCUCUUUGCUUCCCGUUGCCAAGGCUGCUCUCAGCCAAUCAUGGAGAACUACAUCUCAGCACUCAACUCCCUCUGGCACCCCCAGUGUUUCGUCUGCAGGGAGUGCUACAGCCCGUUCGUCAACGGCAGCUUCUUCGAGCACGAGGGCCAGCCGCUGUGCGAGGCGCACUACCACCAGUCGCGCGGCAGCAUGUGCCACGCGUGCCAGCAGCCCAUCCUGGGCCGCUGCGUCACCGCCAUGGGCGCCAAGUUCCACCCGCACCACCUGGUGUGCCAGUUCUGCCUCAAGCCCCUCAGCAAGGGCUGCUUCAAAGAGCAGGAGAACAAGCCCUACUGCCACCCCUGCUUCAUCAAACUCUUCGGCUGA